AUGGCGCUGCCUGCUGCGAAGUCUCUCGUGGACUGUGCCGACUACUCAAAGACCUUUGAACCAUUCCUGCCACAACUCUAUGCACUGCCAGAGCAAGUCUGGGCUGCAUUGGGCGACUUGCAAGCUCUCAAGCAUAUUUACCUCUCUACAAACCCGGCCAUCUUUGGUCUCGCGCUGGCUCUGGCUGGAUUUCCUGUGUUUUGGAUCAUAUCCGAAAUCAACAGGAACUAUAGUCAGGUCGACAGGGUGUGGUCUAUUCUGCCGAUGCUCUUCAAUCUGCAUCUCGCAAUCUGGGCUCAUCUCAAUGGCCUCGAAACGACAAGGGUGGACAACGUACUGGCUUUCAGUGUUGUAUGGUCGAUGAGGCUGACCUUCAACUACUGGCGGAGGGGAGGAUAUCAAAUUGGGAGUGAAGACUACCGAUGGGAGCUCAUUAAGAAGCAGAUCGGCGGUGUUGCCUUCUUUGUGCUCAACAUCGUCUUCAUUUCCUCAGUACAGCUGGUCCUCCUCUGGAGCGUGACCCUCCCCACCUAUGCUUUGAUGCUUGCCUCGCAGCUCAACCCUGGCAUGUCCCUCUCCGAAGUCGUCAUCGCCAGGGCACUGAUGGCUCUUGUGGUGUUUGAAUACUUUGCGGAUGGACAGCAAUGGAACUAUCACAAGGCAAAGAAUGAAUACCAGAAGACGGCCAAAGUGCCCGCCGGUUGGACACGCGCUCAGAUGGAUCGCGGCUUCAACACAACUGGCCUUUGGAAGUACAGCCGACACCCCAACUUUGCUGCAGAGCAGACGAUCUGGGUCUUGCUCUACCAAUGGAGUUGUCUCGAGACCCACACGUUCUGGAAUUGGACUGUAGUCGGUGCAUUCAGCUAUUGCGCUGUCUUCGCCGGCAGCACGCCGCUCACUGAGGGUAUCAGCGCCGGCAAGUACCCAGAGUACAAGUUCUAUCAAGAGCGAGUCGGUAGAUUCAUACCCAAGUUAUUUGGAAAGGGCUGGGACGAGCAGGCAGCUUUGAGCGCAGCCGCAAAGAAGGAGUAA